UUAUUGAAGCUGGUUCACCCUGCAGCAAAGAUGGCGGGUGAACAGUGUUAAAUUCAUUUUCAGAAUAAGCUGUAAAAUAGUGUGGUUAAAGUAACUUGAAUAUGGGGCGAAAACGUCAAGCCCGUUAAUAAUUAGUUGAACGUAGGAAAAUGUUUUAGCGUUCAUGUAGAGUUGGUUAUCAUAACAAGAUAUCGCGACCCGUUAUCAUUUUUCGGUGUCAAUUGCAGAGGCUCCUAUUGUCAUUUUAAAAUGGCUCCGGUGCAGAUUGGAUCAGAUGGACAACUAGUCCCGGUCGGGGGUCCCACCUCGGCUCCUCAGCCGCCUCCUCCCGGGGCCCCAGCGACGCAGGGUGUACGCCUCAGUCUUCUCAUCGAAUUUCUUCUGCAGAGGACCUACCACGAAAUUACCCUGCUGGCUGAACUUCUACCCCGAAAAACAGACAUGGAGAGGAAAAUUGAAAUUGUGCAGUUUGCCAGUCGCUCUAGACAACUUUUUGUGCGUCUCCUAGCGCUGGUGAAGUGGGCCAGCAAUGCUGGGAAGGUGGAGAAAUGUGCGAUGAUCUCCAGCUUCCUGGACCAGCAGGCCUUCCUGUUUGUGGACACAGCUGAUAGGUUGGCCUCGCUGGCAAGAGAUGCCCUGGUGCACGCCCGCCUACCCAGCUUCGCAAUCCCCUUCGCCAUCGACGUGCUGACAACAGGCUCUUACCCUCGGCUGCCCACAUGCAUAAGGGAUAAGAUCAUUCCUCCAGACCCCAUCACUAAGGUGGAGAAGCAGAGCACUCUGAACCAGCUCAAUCAGAUUCUUCGCCAUCGCUUGGUCACAACAGACCUACCCCCCCAGCUAGCCAAUCUUACUGUAGCUAAUGGGCGUGUGAAGUUCCGUGUGGAAGGAGAGUUUGAGGCCAGUCUCACGGUGAUGGGAGACGACCCUGACAUCCCCUGGAGGCUGCUGAAGCUGGAGGUCCUGGUAGAAGACAAGGAGACCGGAGAUGGGCGAGCGUUGGUCCACAGCAUGCAGGUGAACUUCAUCCAUGAGCUGGUCCAGUCCCGCCUGUUUGCAGAUGAGAAGCCUCUGCAGGACAUGUACAACUGCCUGCACUCGUUCUGCCUGUCGCUGCAGCUGGAGGUGCUACACUCCCAGACCUUGCUGCUGAUCAGAGAGCGCUGGGGCGACCUGGUGCAGGUGGAGAGAUACAUGCCUGCCAAGAGUCUCACGCUGGCAGUCUGGAAUCAACAGGUGUUGGGUAGAAAGACAGGAACAGCCUCUGUCCACAAAGUCACCAUAAAGAUUGACGAAUCAGACGGCUCCAAGCCCCUGCAGAUAUCCCAUGAGCCUCCCCUCCCCGCUUGUGAUUCCAAACUGAUGGAGCGUGCUAUGAAGAUCGACCACCUGUCAGUGGAAAAGCUGUUGAUCGACAGUGUCCACGCCCGCUCCCACCAAAAGCUGCAGGAGCUGAAGGCCAUCCUGAGGAGCAGUAACCCUGGCGACAACUCGUUCAUCGAGACGGCCCUUCCCACCCUGGUCAUCCCCAUCCUGGAGCCUUGCGGACGCUCAGAGUGCCUGCACAUCUUUGUAGACCUGCAUUCUGGAAUGUUCCAGCCAAUGCUGUAUGGCAUAGAACAGUCCAUGCUUGAUGACAUUGAGAAGACCAUUAAUGAUGACAUGAAGCGCAUAAUCUCUUGGCUGCAGCAGCUGAAGUACUGGUUGGGUGAGCAGCGUUGUCGUCAGUCUGUCAAGCACCUCCCCACUGUGUGCUCUGACACACUUCACCUCUCCAACGCUGCCUCCCACCCGGCGGGCAGCCUAUCGAAGCACAAGCUCUUCAUCAAGCUGACACGCCUACCCCAGUACUACAUCGUUGUGGAGAUGCUGGAGGUCCCAGGCUGUCUUACAGAGCUCAGAUAUCAGUACUCCUUCCUGUCAGUGAGUCAGCUGGAGGGGGACGAGGGCCCUCCCGUGGCCCAGCUUCUGCAGACCUUUAAACCCAAUCUGGAGCAGCUGGUCCUGGACACCAUGGCAGGGAAGGGGCUCCGGCCUGGAGCCAAGAGGAAGCUGUCAGGGGACCCAGGUGUCCUGGAGCCAAAGAAGCCCAAGCGCUCGGGUGAAAUGUGUGCCUUCAACAAAGAGCUGGCCCACGUAGUGGCCAUGUGUGACACUAACAUGCCCUUCAUUGGCCUCCGUGCAGAGCUAUCCAACAUGGAGAUCCCUCACCAGGGGGUGCAGGUGGAGGGAGACGGCUGCAGCCACGCCAUCCGCAUCCUAAAGAUCCCAGCCAGUAAGGGUGUGGGGGAGGAGACCAGGCGGGCGGUGGACCGCUCCCUGCUGGACUGCACCUUCCGUUUGCAAGGCAGGAACAACCGAACCUGGGUGGCUGAGCUGGUGCUGGCCCACUGCCCACUCAGCAGCACCCACAGCAAGGAGCAAGCCUCCACGCGGCACGUGUAUCUGACCUAUGAGAACCCGCUGUCUGAGCCUGUGGGAGGCAGGAAGGUAGUGGAGAUGUUCCUUAAUGAUUGGAGCUCCAUUAGCCAGCUUUACCAGUGUGUACUCAAGUUCUCACGCUCACUACCAGAGAUGCCCUCCUACCUCAGCCACUUCUCUGAGGUCCGGCUCUAUAACUACCGCAAGCUGGUCCUAUGCUAUGGAAGCACCAAGGGCAGCUCGGUUACCAUCCAGUGGAACUCCAGCAGCCAGAGGUUCCACCUCUCCCUGGGGACCAUAGGACCCAACUCGGGCUGCAGCAACUGCCACAACAUCAUCCUGCAUCAGCUCCAGGAGAUGUUCAACAAGACCCCCAAUGUGGUGCAACUGCUGCAGGUACUCUCAGACACUCAGGCUCCUCUGAAUGCCAUCAACAAGCUGCCCACUGUGCCCAUGCUGGGACUGACCCAGCGGACCAACACAGCAUACCAGUGCUUCUCCAUCCUGCCCCAGUCGCCGACACAUAUCCGGCUAGCCUUCAGAAACAUGUACUGCAUCGACAUCUACUGCCGUGGCCGAGGGGUGGUGGCCAUACGGGAUGGAGCCUACAGCCUGUUUGACAACACCAAGAUAGUGGAGGGCUUCUACCCAGCUCCAGGGCUCAAGACGUUCCUCAACAUGUUUGUGGACAGUAACCAGGAUCCUCGCCGCCGCUCUGUCAACGAGGACGACAACCCGCCCUCCCCAGUGGGAGUGGAUGUGAUGGACAGCCUCAUGAACCAAUUACAAGCGCAGCAGCCAAUAAGAGGGGGGGCAGGAGGAGUGUACCCUCCCCUUACUUCACCACCAACAGCGUUCCAUACCAAUGUGGCUCCAUCGCCCUCAAUGAUGCCCACCCAGUCCCCAGGGACCAUCCAUUCCUCCGGCUCCCCUAGUGGAGUACUGAGGGCGCCCUCGCCCUUUGGGCCCACCCCGUCGCCCUCCUCUCUGGGCAUAGCUAUGGGCCCCAGCAGCUUUGCCAGCCCGCAUGGGGCCCUGGAUCCCAGCUCUCCGUACGCCAUGGUCUCCCCCAGCCAGAGGGGCCAGUGGCCAGGCUCUCCCCAGGUGUCAGGCCCUUCUCCUGGGGCUCGGAUUCAUGGCAUGUCCCCUGGGAACCCCUCUCUUCACUCGCCAAUCCCCGACGCCUCCCACUCUCCCCGCGCUGGAUCAAGCUCUCAGACCAUGCCCAGCAGCAUGCCUCCUCCACGAAAGCUGCCUCAGCGCUCCUGGGCGGCUUCCAUCCCCACCAUCCUCACCCACAAUGCCUUGCAUGUGCUGCUGCUGCCGUCGCCCACGCCCUGCCUGGUGCCGGGCUUGGCAGGAAGUUACCUCUGCUCGCCACUUGAGCGCUUCCUAGGCUCCGUCAUCAUGAGACGCCACUUGCAGCGGAUCAUCCAGCUGGAGCCCAACCUGGCCAUUGUGACCUCUAACGAGCCAGGAGUCAUCAUGUUUAAGACCGAGGUUCUGAAGUGUCGCGUAGCCUUGAACCCCAAGACCUACCAGACUCUGCAGCUCAAGGUCACCCCAGAGAACACUGGUCCCUGGUCCCAGGAUGAGCUUCAAGUCCUGGAGAAGUUUUUUGAGACCAGGGUGGCGGGACCUCCUUUUAAGUACAACACGCUUAAUGCCUUUACCAAGCUCCUGGGGGCUCCCACCAACAUCCUGAGGGACUGUGUCCGCAUCAUGAAACUGGAACUGUUCCCUGACCAGGCAGCUCAGUUCAAGUGGAAUGUUCAGUUCUGUCUAACCAUCCCACCCAGCGCCCCCCCCAUCGCCCCCCCUGGCACUAUCGCUGUGGUGCUCAAGUCCAAGAUGCUCUUUUUUCUCCAGCUGACCCAGAGGGUCCCUGUGCCCCAGGACCAGGUGAGCAUCAUCGUGCCCAUCGUUUACGACAUGUCGACCGGCCUCACCCAGCAGGCUGACAUCCCCCGGCAGCACAGCUCCUCUGGGGCUGCAGCGCUCAUGGUGUCCAACAUCCUCAAGAGGUUCAACGAGAUGCACCCUGCCAGACAGGGUGAAUGUACAAUAUUUGCCUCAGUGCAUGAACUCAUGGCCAACCUCAAUCUACCGCCUGGUGGUCGCCAGUAGCAACGGCUGCUUGCUGGUUGGAACAGGAACCCAACUCUGGAUCUGGGACAGAUCUGAACUGUAGUCAAAGGAUGUCACAAUGUAACAUACCUUUUCUUGAUUCAGCAGUUGGGCAAGUUUCUCCGUCGGAAAAGGGAGUGGAUAAUGCAAAAUCAUGAAGCCUAAUGUUUAUUCUAAACAUGUUUAUGUGUUAAUUCAAACACACAUGUAUGUUAGCAAUUUGGUGUAUUAAGGUGAAUCCUCAGAGAGAAAGACGUGUUAUUUUUCCCUCCAACUGUAAAGGGUUCACAAAUUAAAAAGAUGUUUGUUUACCAAAAGAUGUACAUUAUUAUAUAUUUCUGCAUUAGGCUGAGUUAGGGUUUUGCUAUAAACUAUUAUUCACAUUCAUUUUGAUUCUGUUGUUGUAUCGGGGAUUCUGUUUUAGUACAAUAUUUAAAUGUAUCUUCUUUCAUUGUUUUUCUUUCAUGAUGUUAAGCCCUAAAAGCUUCUUAGUUCAACCUGUCACUUUGAGAACUGUAAAACUGUGAGAACUUUAUAAGCUGGCUGUAUUUUAUGACUGCUUUUGAUUCCUACAUGAAGAAUCGUAGAACCAUAGUCUGUCUUUAUUUAAUAAAUCAGUAAAAACAUG